AUGCCAUAUAAUCGCUCCCCCGUUGCGGCAACCACACGUCACACAACCGCAGCAGUCUCUGUAGCAGUUCCGGCCAACCCCACCAAAGGCUUCAAUGGCACCAACGGAACAAACGGUGUUCAUGGCAUCGGCACGCACGCAAAACUCAAGGUCCUCCAAAUAGGCGGACCUGUCAAGUACAGCUUGGAAUCCUACAACGUCUUUUCGUCCCGAUUUGAAGUCAUUCAUCUCUCAACGUCCGAGCGCCAGCGGCCAGCCCUCAUUACCGGCCUCCGGGACCGCAAGUGGGGCGACUUUUCUGCCAUCUUCCGUCCCUCCUGGGGCUCCGGCGGCGAGAUGGGCAGAUGGGACUCCGAACUCAUUUCCCUGUUGCCUCCCUCCUGUCGUGUCUUCGCGAGUGCCGGCUCUGGGUUUGACUGGGCUGAUACGAAGCUACUGGGUGAGAGGGGGAUAAUCUACUGUAACUCCGGCCCCGCCGCAGCAGACGCAGUGGCUGAUUUCGCGGUCGCCCUGACUGUUUCUACUUUUCGGCAUUUGCAAUGGUGUAUAACCGCUUCUCCUGACGCGACCACAUUUCAGGACUGCCAUGGCCGUAUUGCACCCUUCUCGCAUAACCUGAGAGGCCGGGCACUGGGUAUCAUCGGCUUCGGCAAUAUCGGCAAGCAGAUUGCACAGCGUCUCGGUGCUGGGUUCGGCAUGAUAAUACACUACCACAACCUAAACCGCAAAGAUCCUGCUACUGAAGCCCUCUACGGCGCUACCUUCCAUCCAACGCUCAAGUCGCUCCUUAGCAUCUCUGACUGCGUCGUUCUCUGCAUCCCUGGAGGCCAAUGUAUUAUCACGGCAGAGUCGCUCGCGUGGUUCAAGCCCGGAGCAAGAUUUGUUAAUAUUGCACGGGGAAGUCUUGUUGACGAAGACGCCUUAGCAGACGCACUUGAGUCUGGACAUCUAAGUAACGUGGCUCUUGACGUGCAUAUGGACGAGCCGAGGCCGAGUCCUAGGUUGUUAAAGCUCUCGGGGACAAGAGCGACAUUGACAUGCCAUAAUGCGGGCUGCACGGUUGAGACACAUGCUAGUUUCGAAGAGCUCAGCAUGAGGAAUAUUAUGGCCGUUCUGAGUGGGAAACAGUCAAUCUCGCCGGUAAACUUGCAUUAUCUCAAGAAAUGA